AUGCCUGCAGUAAUAAGAGAUUCCAACUUUGGUACUUCAACACGUUUCUUCUCUCAAUCCUCCUCACAACUUCAGUAGUAAAAAAGACAAUCACUUUGAAGGGAAACACAAAUGAAAUGACUGUCGAAUUCAGUCACCGUUUCGAGUGAAUAAAAAAGCUCAGAUGCAAUCAUCACUUUCAUUUUCUUGUGGUGUCAAGUCAACGAUGGCGAAAUCUCCGGUGGAAGUGAAUCUGAUACCAAUCGAAGCUACACCUGAGACCUUCGCAGAGUAUGGUCAAGUCAUCGAAGCCUCUCGUGAUGGGGCCGGUUACGGUCCCAACGACGCUCAAUUGGAUCUCUCUAAAGGAAUCCCACGGCUCUAUAUACUUAGGCUGAAAGAAACACCCUUAGGGUUUUUCAAGAUCACGCAUCACGCAAAGGUGACACAGUGUCUAGGAUCAAUAGGAGGUGAUAUUUGGUAUAUGGGAGUGGCUAAGCCAUCUCUUAUUGAAGAUGAUGAUGAUGGAAGGAGAGUAGAUACAGUAAAAGCAAAGUCUGGUCACUUGUACAUUCCACCUGAGGUGGAAGAGAUUCGCGUCUUCAGGUUCUCGGGACCAAAGUUUGUGAAACUGCACCGUGGUACAUGGCAUGCUGGACCCUUGUUUAGUGGCAGCUCCAUCAUGGAUUUCUACAACUUAGAACUCAGCAACACAAAUGUGGUGGAUCACACGUCACAUGAUUUCACGAAGAAUAAUGGAGUCAGCUUCCGCUUUGACACCUAAGAAGAAUAAUGGAGUCAAUCCUAUCAUGAGUGUGCUUCUGUUUUUCCUUGUGUGUAAUGUAAUUGACUAAUUGCCAAUACCAAUACUGUGUAUUGUGUACUGUGCACACAAAUUGGUUAUAUGCAAUAAAAUACCGGUUUAAGUUAACCAACCCUGGUUCAUAAAAUCCUAAUAAUUCUUGAAUUGGUUUUCUAAAAAAAGAAAGCAAAUCAUGAAUACUAAAGAAAUUUGAUUACAUCAUUUGGUGUUUCUAGUA